AGAAGACAAUGUGUUUGAGGAAAUUGAAGUUGACGAAGGUGAAGUUUUGGUGGAAAACAAAAAGACUGUGUUGGAGGAAAAUGAUGUGAUUGUGUUGGAUGAUAGUGAAGAAGAAAAUGAGGAGAUCAAAGUUUACACUUCGCAAUCUACAACUUCUGAUCAAAGGCGAGUGCUUCUCUUCAAUGUUGGUGAACUAUUUGAAGUAUCAAUAAAUGAAUUCGAUAGUGAAUGGUGGCCCUUAUUACAAAUAUGUGACAAGCAUAAUCAUUCAAGUGGUCGAAAAGAAGGAAUUCCUGUCGAAAAACAUCGAAAAACAAAGGUCUGUCCCCCAAUCUCUGCUUCGCAAAAAUCCGGUGAAAGGCUAAAGCAUUCAGAAGCAGUACAGAAAUUAGUUGAGGAAGAAGCGACCAAAAACUACCCACCACCUGCCAUUACGAGUACGGUUAAAGACUAUGCGACUAGGAUAUUGGACCUGGGCUCGAGUGUUAAGGAGCUAAAACGUGCUGAA